UUAGAUCCACCUGAUAUUGACGCAGAAAAGUCCAAUCGCACUUCAAAGUCUUGGAAAGGUAAAAGUAUUCGACUCAGAUGCUUUGCAACUGGUUUACCUGCACCAAGGAUAUCAUGGUACAAACCAACAAAACAACAGAUCACUACAGGUGUUAACAUUGUACCCGGGGGCAGUGAGGUAACAGUAAUGACAACUGCUGACCAAGGGGACUAUGGACAGUACAAGUGUCGAGCAACAAACAUCCUGGGAAGUGAUGAACACGUCAUCAAUAUUACUCAACUGUUUCCCCCAGGUGUUGUUACUAUAACCACAGCUGAGGUCGAAGCAUCGUCCAUAACUGUCGGAUGGACCAAACCUGCUGAUGAUGGUGGACUCGUUGUCACUGCUUACAAGGUUGAAGUCAGUACCAAGACCCCAGUGAUCACAGUAAAUGCCCAUACUAUUAUAACAGGAUUGAAAGCAAACACACAGUACACGGUCAAAGUAUAUGCAAUGAAUGAUGCUGGUUAUGGUAACGCAUCGGUGAAGUUUAUUACUACCAAGAAACAAGGCAAACCGGCAUUACCUCAGCUAAAGUUAACUAUUGACCAAACAAAUGGGUUAAUAGUCAAAUUAUCAUGGACAAAACCUGAUGAAAAUGGUGGUGAAAUAACAAAUUAUACCAUUUACAUGAAGGAGGAUGGAUCUUCAAAGCUAAGGGAUAUUCAUAAUAUAUUAGAUCCAGAAUUACUGGAGUACGAAGUGAAAGAGAACCUUGAGUAUGGAAAAACGUACAAGUUCUUAGUUACUGCGUGGAAUAAGUACGGGGAAAGUGCUAAACAAGAAGAACUUGCUAAAAAAAUAGAGAUUCCCAAAGAAAAAACCAAAACUGAUCCAAACAAAGGCAAACGCACCACUAAUGUUGACGGAGAAUCCAAUGCUGCAGUGAUUCCUGGUGUAGUAGGAGCUGUCUUGUUUAUGUUGUUAGUUGGAAUCAUUCUUGGUGUCAUUAUUAUCAGGAAAAAAGGCCUGCUAAGCAAAGGUUUUGGAAGAAAGAGUCCAAGUAACAGAGCUGCGUACGACAAUGAUGUCGAUCCUGACUCAGCAAACCAACAAGCAGCAGCAGCUGGUCUGGGCGGUGAGGACGAUGGAAUACCGACCUACGCAGCAGUAGACAUGACCAAUAAGAAGAAGAAGAAAAACGACAUACCGGACUACGCUGUUGUUGAUAAGACCAAGAAGAAGCGUCCAGGAGAAAUCAUAUACGCCGAGCUUGCUGAAUUCAACACCGCUGGCUCAUCAGCAGCAGCUCCUCGACCGAUAACCUACACCAGUACCGAUUAUGCUGACAUCACCCAGUUCCAGCAACAAGAGGAGACAGAACCUACAUAUGCUAACUUCCCAGGCCGCGGUAAAACGUAUACUGACAUACAGGGAUUGUCAGAAGAUAAAACUUUCCAAGUAUAAUGGGAAGGUCCUAACGUAGAUUGAAAUACGAUUCACUUUCGUUACGUAAGCAUAGUAGAAUCUUAUAUUUUAAAGCACAAAAUGUAUAUUAAAAACGAUUAGUGAAUUUUGAUUUUAAYAUGAUAUCGUCAAUMAUCAAGACUUUGACAGUAGCAGUAGAGCGGUUUUCGUUUGAGUGGGAAACAUACGGUACUKAUUUGCAACACGUACACGGUAYGACAUGCCGUAACAUUGAAAUGGCUUCCCAUAAGAAUGGUUAUCUUAUGCGUAGGAAACAUAUGGUACUGACUUACAGCACGUACACUGUGCCGUAAUAUUGCAAUAGUUUCCUAUUGUCUAUUAGUAAUUCAUCCAAUCACAACGCGUAGUUACCUCUACGGUUAGAUACAGUCAGCUUCAGUACAGCUACGUUUGCGACUCAUACGAAAAUCGCUCUAUGGGUUUCGGCAGAUAACAUGGCCUCAGUCUUGAUAAUUGACGAUAUCAUCCUCAACAUCGCUCAGAAAGGGGUUAUAGACAAAUCCAUAAUCUAUCUAUUAUUGCGUGCACGCUGAUUCUUCCACUUAGUAUCUAUCAUGGUCCAUGUGAACAAAACUUCUUUUUUUCUUACUUAAUUGCUUAUUUCGUUAGCUUGGUUAACUAUUCGUAUAAUUUAAUUCCUUGAGAAUUCUAAUAUUUUAUAAUUAUUUAUAAAUAAAAGAGGAGAUAGUCAUAGUGUUUGAUUCAAAUCAACAUCACUUAGAUUUCUUUCUUGAUUCAUACAAGGGUUAUAGACCCUAAUAGCUUUGUUUCCAUUUGCUUAUUUAAGGAAUAGUUUCGAAAAAUUAAUCAUAUAAAUUUUCCUAAUAUCUGUAAUGUUCAUUGUGCAAAUUUCUACUAUUUUAAUUCAUUCUCUUACGCCGURUUCAUGUUUCGUAGAAAGCCGGAAUUUAGGUAACGCAAAUAUUAAAGUCACAUGACAGUAUAUAUAUAUAUAUUUUUUUUUUU